AUUAUUUUUGGCGCCUGGUGAAGGAGCCAGGGAUGCUAAUUUGCUUGAAGACUGAGCGCAGGACUCUAUGGUGAGAUCUGCGUUCAAUGAGUGUGAGAUGACGAUGCGGUGACUUUCAAAGAGGGGAGAUUUUGAGAUACAUGAUUUUUUUUCGUGGGAGUUGAAGUGUGAAGGAGGUUGUUUUUCAGCUAGGUGAGAGUUUGCUUCGAACGCUUCAGGUUUGAAGGAGUUGCUGUUGUGUUAGAGCUGUUUGUUUUGGUGGAGUGGAUCCGAUGUGUAGUUGCAGCAUGAGAUUGUGAGUUUUUGUGAACGUUGGGUGGAAUUCGUAGCUGAGAUAAUAGGUCUGUUGUUAGCGGCUUGUCUUGUAAGGUGUGAUUGAGUGAUGUGUAUGAGAGGAUGUGAAUUUCAACGUUAAUGUAGAGUAUUUCGUUCAAGAGACUUUUGAGGUAUAGUAGCCAUUGAUGAAAUGGUGGUCCUAAUUGAUUUUGUUUGAUAGAGAACGGGGUGAAAUGUGGUGGUGUAGCAUUCGUGUUACAAUUAGCUUCAAGUCAUGACAAGAGCGUUUGCUUGAGCCUUCUGUAACUUAGAUAUCGUUUGCUGAUAAUUUUCUUCCCAUUUUUAAAGUAUUUUCUCGAGUCCUCACGAUGUUCGCUUCGAUUUUGUCUAUAAGUUCGAUGUUCAUGUGAAGUCUCCAUUACUGAAGUUUCUAGCAAGGGGAGUUCUUCUCUGCAAUGCACAAUUAUCGAGGAGGGAGGCGGUGUGGAAUUGAAUUCCAUUCGAAUAUUGUAUUGUCCAAUCUCGACGAUGUUAAUAGGAAGAAGGUCUUCAUGAAGAACGUUAUCUGGUUUCGGCUUUGAGCUUAAGUUUAUUUUCGAUGAAGCGGGGAAAUAGACCUCGGUACAAGAAAGUACGUAAAGGAAUUGCUGAUCGCAGUACACAAGUUUCAAGUUUCGACAAAUGCUCUCAAACUAAGCUCGAUGUUGUCAUCAUUUGUUUUUGUCAUUGAUUUUGGUAAUUUAAAGAAAGAACUCAUACUACUUGAUAUUACCUGAUACUUCAUGCAUGGUCUGAGAUGGUGGGGUCAUAGUUUACUAAUAACAGUUGAUCGGCAGAAUUGAAUGCAUUCAAUUUGUUGGAGGUUGAGGUGGCUUGAGAAUAUAUCGUGACAAGAUGAAUCCUUGAGCGGGCUUUACAAGCUAUGUAGUGUUUAGUUAAAACCAGUGAACGAUUAAUAAACUUUACGGGGAGUGGCCAGACAAUAACGGCUGUGGUGCUGUGAGUAAGUUGCCAAGGUCUGCCAUUGCAUCGAGGUUUAUGAAUGGUGGUGACUCACUAAAGAAGCGGUUGAACACGAAGUUGCAGCGAACUGUCACUGCAGAGGUUACAAGAUCAUCAGUGGUGGCAAUUCACAACAUAUCUUGCUAUUGGGAAAAUAAUGGCAGCAAUGAGAGUUUGGAUCUGGUGGUACUUCGCAUUAGGAGCGUUGCUCCAGAAUCAUACAAGUGUGGCUGUGACUGUCUCGUAUGAUCAAAGGGCUUUGAAAUUGGACGGGAAUCGCCGCAUGCUUGUGUCAGGAUCCAUUCAUUAUCCACGGAGCACUCCAACGAUGUGGCCAGGUCUUAUUGCCAAGGCCAAGAAAGGAGGACUUGACGUAAUCCAAACGUAUGUUUUCUGGAGUGGGCACGAGCCUACGCAAGGCGUGUAUAACUUUGCCGGGAGAUACGACUUGCCCAAGUUUUUGAGGCUUGUUCACGAAGCCGGCAUGUAUGUCAACCUACGAAUCGGCCCGUAUGUAUGUGCGGAGUGGAAUUUUGGGGGCUUUCCCGGUUGGUUGCGUUUUUUGCCUGGAAUUGAGUUCCGUACAGAUAACGAAUCCUUCAAGAAUGAGACUCAGAGAUUCGUGAAUUAUCUGGUGGAGAUGUUGAAGAGUGAAAACCUUUUUGCAUGGCAAGACGGCCCAAUCAUUUUAGCACAGAUAGAAAAUGAGUACGGCUCCAUAGAUGCCGUUUAUGGUGAAGCAGGCCAAAAGUAUCUGAAUUGGAUAGCCAAUAUGGCAGUGGCGACGAACAUAAGCGUGCCCUGGAUAAUGUGCAAUCAACCAGACGCACCUCCAUCUGUUAUCGAUACGUGCAAUGGCUUUUACUGCGAUGGAUUUAGACCGAACUCGGAGGGGAAGCCUGCCCUUUGGACCGAGAAUUGGACUGGGUGGUUUCAGAGCUGGGGAGAAGGUGCACCCACUAGGCCAGUGCAGGACAUUGCAUUUGCUGUGGCUAGGUUCUUCCAAAAAGGGGGAAGUUUUAUGCAUUACUACAUGUAUCAUGGAGGAACCAAUUUUGAGCGCAGUGCAAUGGAAGGAGUGACAACCAACUACGAUUACGAUGCACCUAUUGAUGAGUAUGGAGAUGUUCGGCAGCCCAAGUGGGGGCAUUUGAAAGAUUUGCAUGCCGCUUUGAAAUUAUGUGAGCUCUGUUUGGUGGGGGUCGACACUGUUCCCUCAGAAAUAUCUCUUGGACCUUACCAGGAGGCUCAUGUGUACAACAGCUCCACUGGUGCUUGUGCGGCCUUCUUGGCAAGUUGGGGCACGGAUGACUCCACGGUUUUGUUCCAAGGCCAAUCCUACGAUCUGCCCGCAUGGUCUGUCAGUAUAUUACCUGAUUGUAAAUCAGUUGUGUUUAACACUGCCAAGGUGGGAGUGCAAAGCAUGACAAUGACAAUGCAAAGUGCUAUCCCUGUAACUAACUGGGUAUCUUAUCGUGAGCCUUUGGAGCCCUGGGGAAGUACGUUUUCCACCAAUGAGCUGGUAGAACAGAUUGCCACGACCAAAGAUACCACAGAUUAUUUGUGGUACACUACAAAUGUGGAGGUUGCAGAGAGUGAUGCACCUAAUGGUUUAGCUCAAGCGACACUAGUGAUGUCCUACCUUCGUGAUGCUGCUCAUAUAUUUGUGAACAAAGUAUACGCUGGCACAAAGAGCGCCCAUGGUUCCGAGGCUAGUCAGUCAAUCAGCUUGCGACCUGGAAUUAACAGCGUUAAGGUACUCUCUAUGACAACAGGCUUACAGGGAACUGGACCAUUUUUAGAGAAAGAGAAAGCAGGAAUUCAAUUUGGAAUUCGUGUAGAGGGCUUGCCCUCCGGUGCCAUAAUAAUGCAACGAAAUACUUGGACCUACCAGGUAGGACUUCAAGGUGAGAAUAAUCGGCUGUUCGAAAGCAACGGAUCAUUGUCAGCCGUUUGGAGUACAUCAACGGACGUGAGCAACCAAAUGUCUUUGUCUUGGUUCAAGACAACAUUUGAUAUGCCAGAGAGGAACGGCACUGUUGCCCUAGAUUUAAGCAGCAUGGGUAAGGGGCAGGUGUGGGUGAAUGGAAUCAAUCUAGGCCGGUAUUGGUCAUCUUGUAUUGCACAUACAGAUGGAUGCGUGGACAAUUGCGACUACCGUGGUUCUCACAGCGAAAGCAAGUGUCUCACCAAGUGUGGUCAGCCAUCACAGAGUUGGUAUCAUGUUCCACGGGAGUGGUUGCUUUCUAAACAAAACCUUUUAGUGCUGUUUGAAGAACAGGAAGGAAAUCCAGAAGCCAUCACCAUUGCCCCUCGCAUUCCUCAACAUAUUUGCUCUCGUAUGUCUGAGUCGCAUCCUUUUCCCAUACCUCUAUCAUCCUCGACGAAAAGAGGCAGCCAAACCUCAACACCACCAAUAGCACCAUUAGCGCUCGAGUGUGCUGACGGACAACACAUAUCCCGGAUAAGCUUCGCAAGUUACGGGACUCCAUCUGGUGAUUGUGGAGAUUUCAAGCUAAGUUCAUGCCAUGCUAACUCCUCCAAAGAUGUUCUGAGCAAGGCCUGCGUGGGGCGGCAAAAGUGUUUGGUACCUAUUGUGAGCAGUAUCUGUGGCGGCGAUCCUUGCCCUGGCAUGAUCAAGAGUUUGGCAGCAACAGCGGAAUGUCAAUAGGCCUCGUUGGCUCUCAAUAAAGUUCGCUGAUUGAUAUAAUAAUUAGUGAGAGGUAAUGUAGGUUGACAACCUUAUGUUCCAUUGGAACUAGCUCACCUCUCACCUUGGUUCUUUGAUAAGACCAUGUUCAAAAAAUGCAACGCUAUGUCAUUUUAAUUAUCUUCUUUCCGAAAUCCAUUCGUACAA